AGUUUUUCCCUGGCUGAAGCUCCUUCACUUCCAGUAUGGAGAUGAAUCGAGAAAAACUGCAUACCAAUAAAGCUGAUGCAAGCUCAGAGUCUGCUUAUCAUUGUUCAGCAUGUCAUGAUGACGAGGAGUGGGGCAGUAGUAGCCGGGGUCGAGCUAAGUCCCGAAGCCUGUCUGCUUCACCAGCCCUUGGAAGCACCAAAGAAUUCCGGAGGACACGCUCCUUGCAUGGACCAUGCCCAGUGACCACCUUUGGACCAAAGGCCUGUAUGCUGCAAAAUCCUAAAACGAUCAUGCACAUACAGGACCCAGCAAGCCAGCGGUUGACAUGGAACAAACCUCCCAAGAGCGUCCUCGUUAUUAAAAAGAUACGUGAUGCUAGUCUGCUGCAGCCUUUUAAAGAGCUCUGUGUGUAUCUUACUGAGGUGAAUAACAUGAUAGUGUAUGUAGAAAAAAAGGUUUUGGAAGACCCAGCCAUAGCUAAUGACGAUAAUUUUGGACCAGUGAAGAAGAAAUUUUGCACCUUCAGAGAAGAUUAUGAUGAUAUCUCCAAUCAGAUCGAUUUUAUCAUAUGCCUGGGAGGAGAUGGGACCUUACUUUAUGCUUCUUCACUUUUUCAGGGUAGUGUACCUCCAGUUAUGGCUUUUCAUCUGGGAUCCCUUGGAUUUCUUACUCCAUUUAAUUUUGAGAAUUUUCAAUCCCAAGUCACUCAGGUUAUAGAAGGCAAUGCAGCACUUGUUUUACGAAGCAGGUUGAAAGUGAGAGUAGUAAAAGAGAACAGAGAGAAGACAACAAUACAGAACGGUAUAGAAGAAAAUGGAGUAGUGUCUACAAACAUAGAGAAAGAAGUGGGCAAACAAAUUAUGCAAUAUCAGGUCCUAAAUGAAGUUGUAGUAGAUCGUGGUCCUUCUUCAUACCUUUCCAAUGUAGAUGUCUUUCUAGAUGGACACCUUAUAACCACAGUGCAAGGGGAUGGAGUCAUUGUCUCCACACCGACUGGUAGCACCGCGUAUGCCGCUGCAGCAGGAGCUUCUAUGAUUCAUCCCAAUGUUCCUGCAAUAAUGAUCACUCCAAUCUGCCCUCACUCACUGUCUUUCAGACCUAUUGUUGUUCCUGCUGGAGUGGAGCUCAAGAUUAUGCUUUCCCCAGAUGCCAGGAAUACAGCAUGGGUUUCGUUUGAUGGAAGGAAGAGACAGGAAAUAUGCCAUGGAGACAGUAUUAGCAUCACUACCUCUUGCUAUCCCCUUCCUUCGAUCUGUUUCCGAGAUCCUGUGAGCGACUGGUUUGAAAGUUUGGCUGAGUGUUUACACUGGAAUGUUCGGAAGAAGCAAAAUAACUUUACUGUUGAAGAAGAAGAAUUUUAAGUGUCUGCAUCUAAAAAGACUCAUGGGAAUGGAAAGUGGCAGUAUCCCUUCUGUUAAAACAUCUGGGUUUUAAGUUUUUGGCUAACAUGAACGGAGACCAAGACUAACGUAUACAGUGAAGUACCUCAUAGUAGUCUGAUCUGUUGAUGGCC